AUGGCCUCCAUUUCAGACUACUAUGCUGGGAAGAGCGUUCUGAUCACUGGGGCAACAGGCUUCAUGGGGAAGGUGCUGGUGGAGAAGCUGCUGCGCUCCUGCCCGGAGGUCCACGCCCUUUACAUCCUGGUCAGGCCUAAAGCUGGCCAGUCCAUGCAAGAGCGGGUCAAGGACAUGAUGAAGUGUAAGGUUUUCGACCGUGUGCGUGAAGAGAAUCCAGACUUCCAUAAGAAGAUUGUACCCAUCAGCAGUGAGCUGACGCAGCCUGGCCUUGCCAUCAGCCCCGAGGACGUGGAGAAACUGACUGCCUGCGUCAACAUCGUCUUCCACUGCGCCGCCACCAUCCGCUUUGACGAGCCACUCAAACACGCCCUGCAGCUGAAUGUGAUAGCAACGCAGCAGCUCCUCAGCCUGGCCCAGCAGAUGCAUCACCUCGAGGCCUUCAUCCACGUCUCCACAGCCUAUGCAAACUGCAACCGCAGACACAUCGACGAGGUCAUAUAUCCCCCGCCCGUCGAGCCCAAGAAGCUCAUCGACUCGCUCGAGUGGCUGGAUGAGGGCAUUGUUCGGGACAUCACGCCACGUCUAAUUGGGGACCGUCCUAAUACGUACACAUACACCAAAGCACUGGCUGAGUGUGUGGUUCAGCAGGAGAGCACUAAACUCAACAUUGGUAUCAUUCGACCCUCUAUAGUGGGAGCCAGCUGGCAGGAACCAUUCCCUGGCUGGAUUGACAACUUCAACGGACCAAGUGGUGUUUUCAUAGCUGCGGGAAAGGGAAUUCUGCGUACCAUGAGGGCCAAUAACGAUGCUGUAGCCGACCUGAUUCCUGUAGACGUGGUCAUCAACCUGACCAUAGCGGCAGGCUGGUACACAGCUGUUCACAGACCUAAAUCAGUACUGGUCUAUAACUGUACAACAGGAGGCAUAAACCCCUUCCACUGGGGAGAGAUUGAACACCAUGUGAUGUCCAGUUUUAAGAGGAACCCUUUGGAGCAGGCCUUUCGUAGGCCCAACGCUAACAUCACUUCCAACUACCUGAUAAACCAGUACUGGAUCCUGGUCAGCCAUAAGUUCCCAGCCCUCAUAUAUGACCUCUUCCUGCGCCUGUCUGGACAAAAACCCCAGAUGAUGCGGAUUUUUAACCGCUUACACAAGGCCAUUGGACUGCUGGAAUACUUCAGUAGUCAGGACUGGGAGUGGAACUCUGAGAACAUGAGCAUGCUGAUGAGUCAGCUGACGCCAGAGGACAAGAAGACUUUCAACUUCGAUGUUCGCCAGCUGAACUGGCCUGAGUAUAUUGAGAACUACUGCAUUGGCACGAAGAAAUACGUCCUGAAUGAGGACAUGUCUGACAUCCCAGCAGCAAGACAGCACUUGAGAAAGUUGAGGAACAUUCGCUACACUUUCAAUACAAUCCUACUGGUCUUCAUAUGGCGGGUCUUCAUCGCCCGUUCCCAGAUGGCCCGCAACAUUUGGUACUUUGUGGUGAGCCUGUGCUUUAAGUUCCUGUCCUACUUCAAGGCGUCUAGCACACUGACCAACUGA